UUGUGGGAGGAGGUUGUCUCCAAUUUCUCCUCCCCCUCCCGGCCAAGAUGUCUGACAUGGAGGAUGAUUUCAUGUGCGAUGAUGAGGAGGACUACGACCUGGAAUACUCUGAAGAUAGUAACUCCGAGCCAAAUGUGGAUUUGGAAAAUCAGUACUAUAAUUCCAAAGCAUUAAAAGAAGAUGACCCAAAAGCGGCAUUAAGCAGUUUCCAAAAGGUUUUGGAACUUGAAGGUGAAAAAGGAGAAUGGGGAUUUAAAGCACUGAAACAAAUGAUUAAGAUUAACUUCAAGUUGACAAACUUUCCAGAAAUGAUGAAUAGAUAUAAGCAGCUAUUGACCUAUAUUCGGAGUGCAGUCACAAGAAAUUAUUCUGAAAAAUCCAUUAAUUCUAUUCUUGAUUAUAUCUCUACUUCUAAACAGAAUUCUGAUUUUUUAUGUCAGAUGGAUUUACUGCAGGAAUUCUAUGAAACAACACUGGAAGCUUUGAAAGAUGCUAAGAAUGAUAGACUGUGGUUUAAGACAAACACAAAGCUUGGAAAAUUAUAUUUAGAACGAGAGGAAUAUGGAAAGCUUCAAAAAAUUUUACGCCAGUUACAUCAGUCGUGCCAGACUGAUGAUGGAGAAGAUGAUCUGAAAAAAGGUACACAGUUAUUAGAAAUAUAUGCUUUGGAAAUUCAAAUGUACACAGCACAGAAAAAUAACAAAAAACUUAAAGCACUCUAUGAGCAGUCACUUCACAUCAAGUCUGCCAUCCCUCAUCCACUGAUUAUGGGAGUUAUCAGAGAAUGUGGUGGUAAAAUGCACUUGAGGGAAGGUGAAUUUGAAAAGGCACACACUGAUUUUUUUGAAGCCUUCAAGAAUUAUGAUGAAUCUGGAAGUCCAAGACGAACCACUUGCUUAAAAUAUUUGGUCUUAGCAAAUAUGCUUAUGAAAUCGGGAAUAAAUCCAUUUGACUCACAGGAGGCCAAGCCGUACAAAAAUGAUCCAGAAAUUUUAGCAAUGACGAAUUUAGUAAGUGCCUAUCAGAAUAAUGACAUCACUGAAUUUGAAAAGAUUCUAAAAACAAAUCACAGCAACAUCAUGGAUGAUCCUUUCAUAAGAGAACACAUUGAAGAGCUUUUGCGAAACAUCAGAACACAAGUGCUUAUAAAAUUAAUUAAGCCUUACACAAGAAUACAUAUUCCUUUUAUUUCUAAGGAGUUAAACAUAGAUGUAGCUGAUGUGGAGAGCUUGCUGGUGCAGUGCAUAUUGGAUAACACUAUUCAUGGCCGAAUUGAUCAAGUCAACCAACUCCUUGAACUGGAUCAUCAGAAGAGGGGUGGUGCACGAUAUACUGCACUAGAUAAAUGGACCAACCAACUAAAUUCUCUCAACCAGGCUGUAGUCAGUAAACUGGCUUAACAGAGAACAAGCUUUUACAGACGUCCUUAAGGCAACAGUGCAGAGAUGUAAUCCUUAAAAGAACUGGGAAUGGCAAAACUACUGUCGGUUGAUGUGUCCUGAAAAUUAUUGGAGUUAUGGCAGAAGUGCUUUUUUGAUCAACUGGUUUGUGUUUUGCUGCUGCAUUUAUCCCAAGAAAAACAGCUUUAAUCUCCAGAAGAAAACCAAAAUACCAUGGGAUUUAUGCUGUAUUGACAUCUUGCCCUAAACGUACAACAUGAUAGUAAUUUGUCAUGGGCAACAUGACCAGAGAGAAGAUUUUUGUCAUGAUUUUAAAUACACUGACACGCUACUGUUGGUUAAAUUUAAACAUGUUUUACCUGCAGAAAUUCUCUCACAAAUAACCUGCAAUAACUUGAAAUGCAUACCCUUUUGAACACUUCGUUUUCUCAUGUAUAAAUUAAAAUGUUUGCUGCAUUUUGCAAAAUGUCAAUUCUCUAAAAAUGUGUCCGUAUAUUUCUGUACCUGCAGUGUAGUAAAGGUUUAGACGAAACCCCAUAAUUAUAGUGGCAUACUGUCACUUAGGUUUCAAGCAGCAAAAUAAACAGUGCAGCUCAGAAAUUGUA